AAAGAAAGGGCGCGCGGGGAGGUCUUCGCGUUGCCCCUGGAAACCACCCGACUCUGCAGCUACGCGAGCGGAAGAAAGACUUGACGUUUCAAGAUGGCGAAGGAACUGGAUGAUCUCUUGGAUGAGGUCGAGUCAAAAUUUUGCAGACCAGAUCCACUGAGACUGGGCAUCGUCGAGCGGCCUACAGGCUGCGGCAGCACCUUCAGCAGCGACCGGAACAGAGCCGAAGCGAAAAAGAAUCUCAGAUCAACAGAAACAUUUAAAAAAGAAGAUGAUCUUGACAGUAUUAUUAAUGAAAUAUUUGAAGAGCCCAACUUUGACAAAAGACCUGUUAAAUUAAAUUCUAAAUCUUCAAGUAACACAUCUGUCAGAGCUUCCAUUCAAGGCCUUGGUAAAAGCUGCAGUCCAGUGUACCUUGGUGGAAGCACUGCUCCAUGUGGUGUUGGAACAAACAGUUCACAGAGAACAUGUGACCAUCUGCGAUGUAUAGCUUGUGACUUCUUGGUAGUAAGCUACGAUGACUAUAUGUGGGACAAAUCAUGCGAUUACCUGUUUUUCAGGAACAACAUGCCAGAAUUCCACAAAUUAAAAACAAAAUUGGUAAAGAAGAAAGGAACAAGGGCAUAUGCCUGCCAGUGUAGCUGGAGAACUGUUGAAGAGCUGACUGACCUUCAGACUGACCAUCAACUUCGUUGGGUUUGUGGUAAACAUUAAGAAUGCAGACUCUUCACAUUCAGACAAAUGUAUCCAUGAGCGCAGUCUCCAUUAAUCAUAAUAUUUCGGUAAAGGUACAUAGCAAUAUCAUGUCCUCUGGAAAAAGACAGUGAAUUUCACUUAACAACUAGACAAAAUUUUGAAGACCAGAUGGACUGAGGGAAAUAUUGUGCUUGAAAUUCCUUUUUGAUAUAUGGACAUUUCACUUGGUAAUGUAACCGGUGAUCAAAAUUUUUCUUUGCUAGCCUAUCUCCUGUUAAAUAGAAGUUUAAUUUUGGAGUUUGUAACCUUUCAUUAGCAACUACAGUAUUAUUUACUGCUAAUGUGCUUAGCACAAACAUUCUUCCUUUAUAGCAGUUAAAGAGGAUAGCAUCAGCCAUUGCACAGAAGUCACUGCAGCAGUGUCUACAUCACCUCCCACAAUCAGGACUAAGAUCAUAAAUUAGAUGUGGCAGAAAACAAGUGAUCAGUGGCUAACCUAAGGGUUUUCAAGAGUACAGGUAUAUUGUAAUAUCACUGCCUAUGUCUGACCUUACUCACCAACUCAGUUUAUUAUGUAUAUUAAUGAUAGGUACAUGUUACCAUUUUUAGCUUAUUUCUCUUCCUUUCAUUUAAAUAUCAGUAGCUAAGUAUUUAUUUUGCUAUUUUAACAAAUACUCAUACAUAUAAAUAUAUAUAUAUGUAAAAUUUUUCGAUAGAUCUAAAACUACAAAGGAAAAUCCUAAUAUAGAAAACAGGUCAUUGUUGGAUUUUCCAAGUGUUUUCUAACCUUUAAUGCCUACAGGUCCAUAAUACGAAGUCAACAAGGUAUUUUCUCAGGCAGCCUGUUGACUUCUCCAGUAGAAUCAGGUAGACACAUUUUUUAUGAGUGUAGAUGAACCAACAAGUAACCCGCCAGGCUCCUUCUUGACAUUACUGUGACUUGAAAAGGCCUUACGAUAGUAGCACUUCCAGGAAAUCAGUUACCUCAAAAUUACCAGACCCCAGCCCCAGCAAGAGAUUCUGGGGGCUUUCCAAAUUGCCAAAAACUCUUUACUGUGGGUGUCUGAUAUAGUUCAAAUAUGUGACCCAGGGCCUGCAAAAAGGGAAUAAUUGAAGCAAAGUUACCAUCUGCUUAGUCUUAAUGCUGAACCUGUUUCAGCCACCCUACUUAAUUUAAGCAAGGAAGAAAGAGAUCUGAUUUUUAACAUCCUUUCCCUAGCCAUAACACAUUUACAUACUUGAAAACUUACUCUUGUAAGUCUAGCAUUGUAACAGAACACAUCUCAUAGUGGCAGAUGCUCACAUUCUUGCACUAAGGAUAUUUUUAUAGACCUUACUUUACAAUAAAAAUUUUUGCUCCUUAAAAUUUAUCUCAGUGUAACUGUAUCAGAAACAUGGAUUUGGAUUGAAGUCACCUAUGUCAAAAAUAGCAGAGCAACAAGAUGAAACAUAUGGUUGUCUAGUAAAAUUUGGUACACUAGUCAUAAUGGCAGUGCUUUCUGUUUGUUGAAAUGAGCAAAUUUAUUAAAUCAUUAAUUUGAAAAAAUUUUUGUAACUUACUUUGCCUCUACUCUGAAGGGACAAAAAUUGUCCUCUUUCAUUUUUUUUCUUGUAUUAUUUCAUUAUAACUAUCCUGUUAACUUGGAUACAUUGCCCAUAUUUGGCAUUCUAUAAUGUAAUAAUUAUGAUUGUAAUUCCCCAGUGUCAGAAAUCUAUAUAUGAGUUCACAUUUUUAUUGGUAAUUUACUUUAUAAGCUUUUUAGUAUUAUAUUAUUUUUAAUCUAAAAUGUAGAAAGAACAUAUUUUUUACAAAGGAAUCAAUUCUUAUAAUUUAAGCUAACAUGCAACUAUUUUAGUAGAAGAAAAGCAUAGUUUCUAAUCAACUAUAAAUUAAAUUGCAACAUUUGUAAAACUUUCAAGUUGUUUUGCCUAUUUUUGUUUUCAAAUUUUAUAAUCAUUUUCUACCUUUUGCAAAUAUCUAUCUUUUAUCAAGUCAGUUAGCUACUUUAUUUGAACUGUUUCAUACUCUCACAGGCCCUUAUCUUGCCUAGAGGAAUAAAUAAUAGACUUACGCUGUAUUUAGUUACAUUUUCUUUAUUUUAUAUUAAAAUAUUCAUAUGGGAAUUGAUUUGAAAUAGUUUGAUAAUUUAUUUUAAAACGUUGACAAACAAAAGGUUUUCAACCAUCUAGUUAAAUCAGAAAAUUUAUUUAUUUUCAUAGUAGUUGGGGCAGGCCAUAAAUUUAAUCUGUGUGUGUGUGUGUGUACAUGUAUGUGCAUGUGUAAAAGAAGGAAUAUUCAGAGAAGCAAGUGCAGGAAGAAUAAGCCAAGUUGAUAUGGUAGUAUGUAUGUAUCCAGACCCUGUUUUCAUACCAGUAAAUUUAGCACCCUUCUUUUCUUGGGCCAAAAGAAGUGGCAUCAGACUAUGAAUUUGAAUUGCUUUCCCUCCUUUUCUUAUUGAGCAGAUAUGAAAAAACAUAGAAAAAAAUGUUAGCAGUAAAUUUCAAAUGCUGAUUUUUCUCAGCUGUUAUGUUUUAACAAAAUCCUAUCAGCCAGCAUACAACUCCAAGUUAUCUAUUAUUAAAAAUAGUUUCUGAAGUGAAGAAAAAAUUCAAAAUAUAUUUCUUUAGAAGCUUUACAUCUUGUGUUUCUUUGGUUUUUGACAACCAUUUUGUGCUCUGAUUGAAAAGUUGGCCUGGGAUUUAUAGAUAUACAUAUGAAUGAUAAUUAAAUGUUUCAGACUUCCCCCAAAUGCCCUAAGAUAAUGGUUGACAAUGUGAAGUGUUACGAAGUCAGACUUAAGAAUUAUGUCCCUUGGAAAGUUACUUGGCUUUUUGGGGGCUUCAUUUGCCUCAUCUAUAUGAAUGAUAGUACUUCCUUUGUAAGUUUAUUAUAAGGAUUAAAUUGUAACAUGUGGAAAGGGACUAGCAAGUGUUUGGUUCAGAAUAAGUACUCAGUAAAUGUCAUUUUUCCUUCUAAAAGUAAUACUGUGUAAAUUAAAAUAAUAGUGCAGCAUGUUUCUUACAGCAAAGCAUAUGAUGAUCACAUGUUUAUUUAUUCAUUCCCUAAACAUUUCACUGUGAGAAAAGUAAGCAGUGCUAUCAUUUUUAGCUUAUAAUUAUGAAUAUUUACUUUAUAACUGAAUAUUUAUUUUAUAGCUAUGAAUAGUGACUAUAAACAAAGCCAGCUUAUUUCAUAUAAUUUGAAGUUACAAUUUUCCUUUAAAAAAAAAUAAUGCUCCCCAGUAGCCUGCCAUUCUCCUCUCUGCCUAGCUUAAACCUAAGUGGGGUAAUCAUGAAGGCAUCUUGGCCUUCCACAGUUUCUUUUCAGCUUCAUCUGCCUCUGCUUUCCAUCUCCUCCAAUCAAACUGCCCUCCCACUGUUCCACAGAUAUGGCUCUGGUUUUACUGCCUUCUUAAUGUUCCUACCCUCCCUUAUCUUAUCCUAUAAAAAUCUCACUCAUUUUUCAGGGCCUAUAUUUUAUAUAUCAGCAGUUCUCAAAGUGUAGUUCACUUGCAGGGGACUCCCCAAAGUCUUUUAGGGUCUCUUCGAAGUCAAAUAGAUUUUCCUAACACUAAAACAAUAGUUCUCUUUUUCACUUUCAUGACAUGUGCACUGAUGAUGCAAAAGCAGUGGUAAGUAAAACUGCUGGUACCUUACUCAGCAUGAUUCAAAGCAGUGGUACCACACAUUGGCAUGUUAAAAGAAAAAAAAAAAAA